AUGACGAUGCCGCCUGCGGUAUGAAUAUCCUUGAAAAGCAUAUCUCAUGGAAAACUUCAGGCAAGUACGACGCCCGGCGGGUUUUUGGGUUGGCCUCCAUCGCCACCGAUUCCCCCGCCGGAUCGUGCUCCAGCUUCGCAUGCAUUCCAGGAUCAGGCACGCCGCAGGUUCCUGCAGGCUUUAGGGUUUGCGGAUAGAACCGAAAAAAGACAUCUGAAUUUUCUACUUCAGAAACAAUGUGACAGGCGACACGAAGAAACGACGACGAAUUCACGACUAUACGGAUUGCGAGUUAAUCUUGGUUCUGGAUUCGAAAAAGACUUCGACGACUCCCGAGCAAACUUACACUGUGACAUCAACUACGACGACGACACAGAUUCACGAGAUUUCCACGUACUUCGACGAAAUGACGGACGACAGCUUGUCUCCGACCUCUUCCUGCGACAUGAAUGCAUAUCGCGAUUUGAACGGUAAAUCGCGGUAGUUGGAUAUGGAUGUAUACGGAGGCGUUGCAGAGCCAAUGAGUUCGUCCUUGCUCCUCACAGAGGACUUUGAGGCCGAAAUUGGCCAAACUGCGCACUACGGUCUUUACAAUGGUAUGUAAGAUUGAGGUGAACUCAGUUAAAGUUUUGAGUUUUCAGAUUACCCGACCACCUACGAUUUCCCCACUGAUGCCAACGCUUAUUUGCCCGCUCCGUGCGGCCAGCCAGAAGACGCCUUCGACCUCGAUUCGCUCAUGAACUGCGACAUCACCUCGCUCGACGCCUACAUCCAUUAUGAAGCGAUCGAAGUCGCCGAAUGCGUCGAGGUCCAGCAAACGUACACCGAACUCGGUCCGUCCACCUCCACUUGGCAGCCUCCAGUUGCCUCUCCUGUCGACAUUGAUCCAGUCGAAGAGUUCUUCCCAAACCUCGGCUCUGACUAUCAAGGUAGCACUCCAUCAGAAUUCAGCCUUCAUUCAGUUUUUGCUCCAGGAUCCACUCGCUCGCGUAAAAGCUCCAAGUCUACAGCAUCUCCAGAGCUGUCCGACUAUCGGGUUAAGCGCGACAAGAACAACAUCGCUUCUCAGCGGUCGCGCCAGAAACGACAGCAGCUGAUCCGCGAGACCAAGGAGGAGAAGGACCGACUCGAGAAGAGAAACGUGGAGCUUAAGACCUUGCUGGACACGCUCCAGAACCAGGUCGACGACUACAAAUCUAUGGUCCUCAUGGUGGUCGCCAAGCGUGGCGAGUAA